ACACUGCAGUUGCAAUGCAAUUUUCUAUUGUACAUUCUGUGGAAAAAAGUAUCAAAAUUAACGAAUUAGCGAAGUAGGCUGCAAUAAAAAAUAAAAAUACGCAAUGGAGGCCGUGCCACGUUUGCACAUGCUAUGGUUUGCCCUCAAAUCUAGCCCAGAAGGCACAUCUUUUGCGCCAUUAAAAAAGUACAUAGCAGAGUUUUACCAUGAAGAUCCGGAGGCCUUUUCGAAAGAGGUUCACGCUUUGGAAACUCUACGCAACCAGGCAAUGCGUACGACGAAAGACGGAGCUCCCAUAAUGAAGCGAUAUUAUUGCCAGCUACAUGCAUUGCAGAAUCGAUUUCCUCAGCUCGCAGAGCGCAGCAUCUUUACAUUCACCUGGAAGGAUCUCUAUCACAAUACCGUGCAUGAGGUGAGCGAUUUGCGCUACGAACGCGCCGCUGUUCUCUUCAACAUCGCCGCCUCCCACACACAGUCUGGCGCCUCGGUGACGCGCGGCGACAUCGAUGGCAUGAAAAUGGCCUGCACCCAUUUUCAGGCUGCUGCUUGGGCCUACAACGAGUUGAGGGAGCGCUAUGCAAAUGUGAAUAGCGGCACAGAUUUUAUGACCAACGAGUUGUUGGUCUUCCAACAGCAGGUGUGCCUGGCUCAGGCCCAGGAGUGCAUACUGGAGAAGUCGCUGAUAGACAAUCGCAAGCCACAUAUUGUUGCCAAAGUGACGGCACAAAUUGUUGUUUACUAUGGCGCCGCUUUGGCUGCGCUGCUCACGGGCGGUGACGAUGGAACCAUCGCUCAGGUCAUCGAAAGCUCCGUCUAUAAGCUGUGGAAGAAAUAUGUGAAAUUCAAGAUUAACUAUCUGAACUGUAUAUUGUAUUUGUAUCGCGGCCAGCAGGCUGAGGAACAGCGUAAAAUGGGCGAACGUUUGACGCUCUACCAGGCCGCCUGGGACAAACUGGAGGAAGCACGCAAGGAGUCUAAGGGCCUGCCUGAUCAAAAGGAAAUCAAUGAAUCGCUUAGCUUCACCGCCGACGUGGUCGAGGGAAAGCGCAAGAAUGCCAAAAACGAGAACGAAUUCAUCUACCACGAGGCGGUGCCAGAGCUGUCCACCAUACCCGCCGUUCAGGGCGCUAAUCUGGUCAAUGGCAUUGGCUUCUCAGUCACAGAUGAGGAAUAUGCAGGCACUGAUAUAUUCGCUCGACUAGUGCCAAUGAAGGCGCACGAGGCCAGCUCCAUGUACAGCGAGGAGAAGGCGAAAUUGUUGCGGAAAUAUGGCGCCUUGCUGGAGGAGAAAGACGCCCAGCUGGACAGCUACAUGAGUUCGCUGAGCCUCGAUAAUCUCAACAUCAACGAGGAGCAGGCGAAUAAGCUGCCGCAGGGCAUUGUCGAUCGCUGUGCCGCGUUGCAUGCCAAUAAGACGGCCAUCAGUGAUCUGAUUGAGGCCAUGUCGCAGCUGGCCGAGAUCACAGCCGAUGUGGAGACCAAUCUGAGUGAGCUGACCCGCAUGCUGGAGGCGGAAGCGCAAGCGGAACGGGAAUUUCAAGCUGCGAGUGGCGUGCAGCGUACGCCCAAUGCUCACAUCACGGAACUGACGCGAGAAUUCCAGAAAUAUAGCGAGGCGCAUGCCCGAGCUGGCGAAUCGAACAACACGCUCCGCAAGGCGAUGAGCUUGCAUGUGAAUAACCUGAAGAUCUUGGCACGGCCGCUGCAGGAAAUACAACAGCUGAUGCCGAAGCUCAGCUCGGAGCUGAACACCACGGAGAUCUUCAAGGACGUGAAGCUGAUCGUGAACAAGGUGAACGAGAUGAAGGCGCAGCGCGCCCAAUUCCAUGCGGACUUGCGCAUCGCCAUCAACGAAGAUGACAUCACCACAAAGGUGAUUGCCCAUGGCAACCAGGAGGGUCUGCAGGCGCUCUUUGCCACGGAGCUGGCCAAGCACGAUCGCCUCACCCAGCUGCUCGAUCAGAAUAUGCUGGCCCAGCAGAACAUACUGCAAGCCCUCACCGAGGCCUAUGCGCGUGCCGCGCCCGUGCUGAAGACGCUGCAGGACGUGAAGCAGAAACGCGAACAUUUCUACAGCUCACUCGCCGCCUCCUAUGAUGUCUACGAGGAUCUGCUGGCCAAGUCGGCCAAGGGCCUGGAGUUCUAUAAGAAGCUGGCGGGCAAUGUGCAAAAGCUUUUGACGCGCUUCAAGUCCGCCCGAGAUGUGCAGUCCGAGGAACGCCAGCAGCGCCUGCAGAGUGUCAAGGCGCCAGCUCCGAGCAAGCCAGAAAUUGCGCCCACGCCGUCCAGUGGUGCGCCCAAGCUGCGUGAUUACCUAAAGGCCAAGCAGAGUGGUUUGGGCACCGUCCCCGGCACACUGGAUGCCACGCCCUAUGUGCCCACGGUACGCCCGGUGCCCGUGGGCUCGGAGAACCCCACACAGGCGGCCUGCUCGGCCUACGCCAGUGCACCGCCGCCCAAUGAGCCGCCGCCGCCCUACAGCCUACAGCACCAGCAAUACUAUGAUCCCAAUGCAGCGGGCUACACAAAUCCCAUAUAUCAGCAGCAACAGCAGCACAUCGCACCGCCCGCCUACAAGGCGCAGGCCUCGCCCAACUCCCAAUCGCUACAUAGUGCCAUGGCACAGCUCAGCAUGCAACCGCAGCAUCAACUGCAACCGGAGCCUCCAGUAGCAACCUAUGGCCAGCAAACACAAGCGCCCUAUGGCUACAAUUAUUCGCUUGCCAAUGCUGCGCCUGGUGGAUCUCCUGCAUCGCAGAACUACAACUAUCAGCAGCCGCUCUAUGUGGCCACAUCCACGCAGCCUGGCGAGACUUUGAGCUAUGCGCAGCCUCAGCCGCAAAGUGCGGGCUAUGCUCAGCAGCCGACACAGCAGCCAGCUUAUCCGACAGUUGGGGCUGCCACCACACAGCAGCAGCAACAAAUGUCUAUGUAUCCACAGCCAGGAGCGGGCUAUGCUCCACCGUCACAAACAUUGACUCAACCAGCAGGCAGUUUUCCGCAGUCUCAGACAGGAAGUUAUCCACAGACACAGAUAUCUCAACAACCAGGCAGUUAUCCACAGACGCAAACUUCUCAGCAGUUAACCAAUUAUCCACAGACACAGACACCUCAGCAACCUGUCAAUUAUCCAUCGUCACAGACUCCUCAACAAUCUAGCGCUUAUCCCCAGACGCAGACGCCCCAACAAACAGGCAGUUAUCCCCAGCCUCUGACACCCCAACCUCAACAGGCAGCCAGUUAUCCGCAAUCUUCAACCCCUCAACAAGCAGCCAGUUAUCCCCAAGCUUUAAAUAGCCAACAGCCAGCCAGUUAUCCGCAGACGCAGACACCUCAACAGCCAGCCAAUUAUCCGCAAUCGAGCCAGCAGUCGCAAAUUGGAGCUUAUUCGGCUGCAACACCUCCACAGCCUGUGCUUUAUCCCUCGCAAGCAGCACAGUCAACAGCUCAGGCCACGCCUGCCGCCGCUCCAGCGCCCAUACAAUAUCCACUGGGCAGCGCUGUCUCCGGCAUUGAGGCGAACAACUAUUUGGGCUACUCCAAUCAUCCGGGCUACAGUUUCAAUCCGCAAACAGGAUUAUUCGAGUACAGCAGCGGCUAUCAGCAUGAGACCAACAGCAUUCCAAAGGCCACGCAUGGCUUUGGCCAGUUCACACAGAGCGGACAGCAGGCCGCGGUUGUGGGCACCACAGACUCGGAGCAGGCCAAUCGCAGCAGCUUGGCCACGGGCUUUGAUUCGCCCAUUGUUUCACAUGCGAAGGCCACUAAUGAAGCCCAGGCGUCAGGUCAACCAGCUGAGACUAUCAAUUAUUAUACGCCCCCAUAUGGCUAUCAUUCAUCUGGUGGCUCAAACACACUCCAACAACAACAACAGCAACAGCAGCAGCAACAGCAGCAACAACCGCAGCAACAGCAACAGCAGCAGCAGCAACCACAGCAACCACCUAUUGCAACGGCUGGAGCCACCAUCACCAACAAUCAAAAGUCAGCAAUUUAUAUGCAGAGCGGCAGCAGCAGCAUAGCCAACACCCAGACGACAACGAGCAGCGCUCCUUACGCCUCGUCCACAUUGCAGGCGGCAACCAAGCCCACAGCCUCUGACGUCAGCAAUGUGGAUUUGCUCAGUGAUCUAGAUUUGGAUACUGCUGGUGCAGUGCCGCUGCCGCUGCUGCAGCCGCAAAUUGUGACAACUCCAACGCCACCGGCUUCUGUUGUUGGCUCAGUGGCUGCUGGCGACUCCUCGGCGGAUGCUGCGCCAGCAACAGCUGCUGUGGCUGAUGCUACGGCUGGACUCUCGCCCGUUGGCCCGCCCCCUUCUAUGGUUACGGCACUGCGCAAAAAUAGUAUUGACAAUCUUUCCAUUAACUCCGAUCUGAGUUCGUUGGAGAAUUUCGACUGGGACUCUGUGUCCCUAACACAUUCCGUCAGCGAAAAGCAGCCAACGGCUGCCAACGGACAUUCACUUAUAACAUUCCAAAUGCGCUCUUAUGAUCCAUUCGGCGAUGAUAAGACGCUGAAAUACUUUCACAAGGAAGUCGAGAGCUAUGAGAAGCUCGUUGAGAAUCUGCAUGUCAAGAUGCUGAAUGGCAACACGCAGCUGAGCAGCAAAUGGCUGGAGCUGCAGCAAAAGCUGGAGAAGGAUACGAGCGUGAAGCGAACGACGACCAUAGCUAAGCUGUUUCCCGAGAAAAAUCGCUCCCUCGACUGUCUGCCGUACGAUCAUGCGCGCGUUAAGCUGGACAAGCAGACGGAUGACUAUAUCAAUGCGGCAUACAUGAAGAGCCUCAGCGCCGGCUGUCCCAGCAUUAUUGUAGCCCAAACACCGCAAGCGAAUACAAUUAACGAUUUCUGGUCCAUGAUUUGGUCGGAAAAAUCACGUACUGUGCUUUGCCUGCACACAACCAACGAGCUCUUUGAUCCCUACUGGCCGCAGCUGCUUAAUCAGGCUGCUCACUAUGAUGACUACACGGUGAACUGCAUCAAGAUACAGCAGCUCAGCCACUGUACGGAAUACCAGCUGAAGCUAUCAAUGCAUGGCGCCGAUGCUGUGCUCGACUUAUCCCUGCUACAGCUCAAGCAAUGGACCAAAGCUUCACCCACUCAACUGUUGGGCAUAGCACAGAAUGCAUUGCAGACGCAUCAGGAGCGCUGUCUAGAUGCCAAUACUCCCGCAUCCCCGCUGAUUCUGAACUGUUUGACGGGCUCGGAGCGGUGUGAGCUGCUGGCAAUAGCCAUUUGUGCUCUGGUGGGCACACAAAACAAGCGACCUAUUCUGAUAAAUGUUGUGGAUGUGUGGUCCCGCAUUUGUAUGCAGCGCCAAAAUUCGCUGCGGGAUGCUGCUAUACUGGAGCAAUCGAUGCAGAUUGUCUUGAGCCAUGCUCAUGAAGUGCUAAAUAAACGUGGCAUCAUAACCUCAUAUCAAAUGAAAAUGGCACCUCAGGUGACGGCCAAGGAGCAGCAGGAGACCAAGGAUCCAUUGAACGAACUGGAUGCUCUAUGGAAAAUGAAAUAAACGACUGAACGUUUGCUACGCAACGUUGCUUAAGGAAAC